AAAAUUGUAAGAUGGCGGCAACAAAUCCAAGAAGAUUCUUUUUUCCAGCAAAUGCAAUCCGAAUAGUGGAACUGCUGUGUGCUGUGUUAGCACUUGCUAUGGUAGCUGGGUGGAACAGCAAGGGAAUAACCUACCGAGAUCUCAACAGCCAUGACUUCAACUUUGUUAGCAACAUCACUUUUUUUGUUGCAUCAUCUGUGAUCUGCAUUAUCAUCCUUUCUGCAACUGUAGUAUUCAUUUUGUUCAGAAAACCUUUUAUUCCACCAAAAAUUGAUCUACCAGUUAGUGGAUUACUGUGUGCCCUACUGCUCCUCUCAUCUGUGGUUCUUGGGGUGUCACUCGCCCAGUUGGGUAAUUCUAUCUCUGUGAAAGAAGCUGAGCUGUCUUUCAGAACAAUGGAGGGUGCAUUAGCAUUGGGGUUAAUAUGCAGCAUAUGUUUGAUCUGCAGCACUGUCUUUGCUUUCCGAGCAAGACUUGUAGAGGGAGAAAUUCCCAGUGAGCAGACACGUUCUAUUGCUGAAUUACCAGGAGACAUUCCUACAUAAACAUUCUUCUUGGUAUUUUUUCAGUUGUCUUGUUAACAUUUUGAGUCUUGUGUCAUUCCAUCCUGUUUGUACCUCAGAGACAAAUGCUAAAAUACUGAGAAAAUUUCAGGUACUAGUUGUUCGUAAAACUUAAGUCCCUGAAGAGUCUUUAGAACAGUUCAUUUUAUUGUAUUUUACUUAUAGUUGAUGACAUAACUUUACUUGCAUCGAAAUACACCUUUAACCACAUUCCAAGAACAAAAAGUUAAAGUGGGUUAUAGCAGGUGCACAUAAUAUACGUUAAGGAGAGUUUGCAGUAGGGGAAUAAUUUUAAUGUAGCUUUGUCAGUGGUGUGCUGGUGUUAUGCAGUUGGGUUAUUGGCUUGCAUGUUGCGUAAAAUGUCCUGAUUGCAGUUGCUGUUUGAAAGGAAGUAACUAUUGUUUGUGGGAUUGUGCAAUUCUCUCAUAUUUGAAAUUUAUUCAAAGUUAUCACAGAUAGCAGGUUGUGAAAAUUAUGCUGAGUGAUGCUUUCGAGCAGAACUUAUCAUGGUACAAUUUUUUGGGGAAUGUAUUUUCACCUAUCAUCAAACUUCUGAAAGUCAUUACAAAAUUACCUCACAUAAGUUUUACCACAAAACACUUCGUUUUGUGAUAUCAUAGAAUAUUGUACAAUGAUGUUCCCUAAUUUUUUCCAGUUAGCUAUAGCUGUAAAAUGAAAGAUUAUCAGAGUUUUUUUAGUUGUAUUUACUUUGUUUAGACCAUGUUUUGGACGUCAAAAACUAUUAUACUGGCAUCGUCUUCCUCUUCUUGCUCACUCUCAUUUGAACGCUGUAAACUGUAAUGCUCCACUUUCAGCUUGGUCAGUGUCACAGUGUAAUUAAUUUACUAUUGGAUUUACUAAAAAAUAUAGAAGUGUUGCAUUCUGGUAAGAGACAUUUUUUUCAGAGGGUUAUAUUAACAGUGUUAGUGUAAUGGUUGUACAUUCGACUAAUGUGUGUGAUGAACUUAUAACACAUGUCUGAAGGCUACAGCCUCAUUUAGUUAAAGUUAUUUGCACAUCAUAGCCAGAUGAAUGUAAGCAAAAUGUACUUGUUAAUGAGUUUCAUGAAUAUUAGUACAGUCCAAGUUAGAAUGCUCUGUACAAGUAGAUUUGUGUGUGACAUUAAAUCUUACAAAUAGGGUAAUUAAUGUUGGUGCAUCUGCACUUUUAGCUUUUCUGCUAACCCUAAGCUGCUACAAGGGGCAUUUAUUUUGGAGAGACUGACUACAUUAGGAUGUAGCAUAAGGUUGCAUUUUGUAGCACAACUAUAAAAAAAUUGUAGAUUGUUUAUAAUUAUUGUGAUUGGAGAUUUAAAAAACCUUCAAAUCAGGUCUUUAUUAUAUUUAGACUUGUAGUACUAGUACCAUGUUUGGGUCUAAUGUCCAAUAUAUCAGACUUUGAUAAUGCAUAAACAAAAGUGCUUACUAAUUUAUUUAAAAUAGAAUAUAAGUGUUUAUGUAAAGUUUAUGAGAACUGAAUUUUCAAGCUAUACUUCACAAAAUAUUCAAAAUUAAAUUUGAACAAGGCAGAAAUUGAUAUUUUGUGAUGGAAAUUCUGCUGUAUAUUCUUGAUUAUUUGUGAAAUGCAAUUGCCUUGGCAUCUUUGUGAUCUUUCGUACUGCUGAUGAUAAUAAGAUCUUUGUACAUAAAAUCAAAAGUGGAGAGAAAAAACUGUUUAUACAGAUGUGAGAUGGAUGAUCUGAUUUUUAAAAAUUUGUUUUAUGCAUAUUUAUAUACACAUCUUUAUACACAAAACAAAUGUAUAUGUGGACAUAUGCAUAUAACUACAUUUUUCAUUGAAAUAUUGAGGUAAGAGUUGACAUGUAGCAUAUAUACCUUUGUUAAAAAGUUUUUCUGAAAGAUCAUCUGCUUAAUGUCAGAAAAACAAAUUCAGUAAUUAUUCACCUUAAUGCUGGAAAAAAUUUGUAAGUCCAUCUGAAACGGAAAAUUCAAAAUUAUAUAUUUUACACGUUAAUCAGAUUUGACAUUAGAUUUUACAUUAAUGUUUCUGUCCAAAAAAGAAAAACCUUCAACAAUUUGACUUGCAAUCAAGCUUGUUCAUACUGACUUCAUAUGUAUGCAAGAAAGAGGAAAAAAGAAAUAGUAAUAUCAAGGUUUGACAUUUGCUCAGUUUCCAGUUAGACUUUGCCCAUUUCAGAAGUAUUUUUAGCAAUCAAAAACAUGGUGCUCAGCAAGUUUUCUUUGAAGACACUAAGAUUGUGUAGUGGGAUUUACAAGAUUUUUUUCCUUUCGUUGCAUUUUAUAUUCACAAGAUAAGUAUAAGCUCUGCAUUUGUCCUUAUUUUCAGGGCCAACGUCUUUAGACUGUGAUAAUCUUGUUAACAGGGAAAUAGUCUGGUUGUGUGUGUGUGUUAUGACAGACCUGUUUUUCCCCUCGGAAAGUAGGGAGUGGUAUCAGGACAGCCAAACUCUACUUUUAUGAACUCAGAGGGUCUUUCAUAGUACUAGUCUGCAUUCUGAAUCAAAAAUUGGCUACAGACUUAAAUCUCCCACUAUACAUUCAGUUUUCCCUGAUAUGAUAUAGAUGUAGGGGUAAACAGGUCUGUUAUGAUUACCAGUGUGUUUGCAUGUAGAUUGUUUUAGAUGUUAUCCCUUCAUUCAGGGUUUUUUGCUUAUUUGAUGCUUAUAGUAAUUCAGUUGUACUGUAUCACUGAAUUGGAUGUAAUGUUUACAGAAAUUUUCUUCCCUGAAUAAGUUCCUUUAUAACUUAUAAAUUGUAAUUUUUUCACUGUGUUGUGUGUGUUAUUGAAAUAUGUUAUUGCAACAUAAAUGUCAUAGUCUGUAUGGGGUGAAACUAAUGCCUUAUGAAUAACUUUAGCAGGUCACAGUAAAAUCUUAUGUGUAUUAGUUCUAAAUGUAUUUCAGUGGUUUCCAUAUUUUUUCUGUUUUAUAUCAAGAUACAAGAUUGAGUAUCAUGUAACAAUCAUGAACAGUUGGAGUUCUUGUAAUUUAUGUUGCCUAAAUUUUGUGCAAUACUUGGGUAUUUUAUUUAUUGCAGUGAAAAUAUAGGGCUUGUGUUGAAUUUGAAAUCUAGUCUAGAAAUAAAUGCAAAUUUAAUGCAA